CUAACCCCACUUCCCGCUACUGGCUAGGAUUCAAAAGUCGUCAUCGAUGGUGGUGAUACUCAUUACGAAUCUAAGUCAGACAAGUCAUCCGACCUACAUAUUACUGCCAACUUCUGCACUUCCCCCCCCUCUCGCCCUCACCCUCACCCUCACCCUCUAUCCCCCUCCCGAUCAUCCAUCCUCUCGCCAACUGUGAACGAAGAGUCACUGUCACAGCUAUCGGAAUCAUGGCGUCGGCGACUGGCAUUCCACAACUUACACCGGACGAGAUCGCGCGCCGCGAUCCGGUUCCCACCGAGGGACUCGCGGAGGAUGAACCGCUCCUUGGCCGUCGGGGAGCUGCAUCUCAGCGGGAAGGGAGGCCAUUGGGGUGGAAUCUGAUUCUCGGGACAGCCCUCAUAUCCCAAGCCGGGAUCAUCGCCCUCAUCGUCCUCAUCGUCUAUGCCAUCUUCAACUACCCAUUUUCCCUCUUCUCUUACCAUCCACUCCUCAACAUUUCCGCCGUCGCCCUCGUCACCCAAGCCGUCAUUAUCCUCCAGCCGACCCACACAGCCUCCCAAAAGAUAUCAGGGACUCACGUCCAUGCUGCCCUCCUCGGCGCGGCAAGUUUGGCCUUUGUAGCGGCCUUUUCGGUCAUAGAAUACAACAAGUUCGAUCACGGCGUUAAUCACUUCACCUCUGCGCAUGGCCGUCUCGGGCUCACGACUUACAUCUUGAUCCUGCUCCAGGCCCUAGUCGGCGUGACACAGUUCUUUGUCCCAGGGCUUUACGGUGGCGUGGAGAAGGCAAAGAGGGUGUAUAGAUGGCAUCGUGCGAGCGGGUAUGUACUGCUGCUGCUGAUGUUGAUUACGGUGGCAGCGGCGGCACUGACGGAGACUGGAGGGGACGUGUUGGGAUUGAAAUUGGGUUUCUUGGGGGGUGCGGCGGCCUUGGUUGCAGUUGGGGUGGCGGCAAGGGUCAGGCCCGGAAAGUUUCGAUUUGGGGGAGGGGUAGGGGCGAGUUAGGAGGUUGAGGAUAGUGCUCGCGAGGGUGUGGUGGCAUGAGAGUGGCCCAUGUGGACAGUGAGUAUCUUGUGAGCGUGCGUUUGAGUUUCGUGAUAUAUAUGCAGGGUAGUACCCAAAUUUAGUUCAGGCCAUAUAUUGUUCUUUGAGGCCACUAUUCGUUGCAUGCGACGAGCCAGAGUCUCAUGGAGGCCAGAUUACUUCUAAGAAAAUCGAAGCAUAUUAUGGACCCUACAAUCACUCAUCCACAUAUUAUUAAAUAUGGUGUCUGUUGUCGCCGCAUUGUUCGCCGAACACUUGAUCACGGUUCUCGUGAUGCUGAAGAUAAUAUAAGGG